AUGUCGAACCUUAUACCUAGGUCACCGCCAACGCCCUCGGAUAUCCCGAACUAUGACACGGGUGAUAUCAGUUAUAUUCUGAUGUCGACACUCUGUGUGUUCUUAAUGAUUCCAGGACUUGGCUUCUUAUACUCAGGUCUCGCCCGCCGGAAAUCGGCGCUUUCCAUGAUCUGGCUGUGUCUUAUGGCCGGAUGCGUUGCCAUGUUCCAGUGGUACUUUUGGGGCUACUCUUUGGCAUUCUCGCCCACGGCAACGAAUAGAUUCAUUGGAAAUUUGCAUCAUUUCGCUUUGCGCAAUGCUUUCGACCCAAAAGACUACGAUGGCUUGCCCACUCUUCUAAUCGCAACUUAUCAGGGAAUGUUCUGCGCCGUGACUUGCGCUAUUCUCAUGGGCGGUACCGCUGAGCGUGGCCGCCUCUUCCCAGCUUUACUUUUUGUAUUCUGUUGGGCUACGCUUGUUUAUUGCCCCUUGGCGUAUUGGGCUUGGGGCCCCGACGGCUGGGCCGGCGCCAACUGGUCGGUGCUGGACUAUGCUGGUGGUGGGCCUGUCGAAAUCGGCUCAGGUGUUGGUGGUAUGGCUUUCGCUCUUUGCGUUGGUCGCCGAAAGGAAAAACUGCUGCUGAAUUUCCGACCCCACAACGUCUCGAUGGUCACAUUGGGCACUGCGCUAUUGUGGUUUGGUUGGCUGGGAUUCAACGGUGGCUCGGCCGGAGGUGCCGACUUGCGAGCCGUUUAUGCCGUUUGGAACUCCAACAUCACUGCAGUUUUUGGGGCAUUUGCCUGGUGUUUACUCGAUUGGCGUCUUGAGCGAAAAUGGUCAUGUGUCGCCGUCUGUUCAGGCAUUAUUUCUGGCCUGGUGGCUGCUACCCCUUGCUCUGGCGUUAUUCCUCUUUGGGGGUCUAUGGUUCUGGGCAUUGUUUCGGCUGUGGUAUGUAACUACAGCACCCAGCUGAAAUACAUCUUACGCAUUGACGAUUCUAUGGAUACCCUUGCAGAGCAUGGUAUCGCUGGAAUCAUUGGUCUCAUUUUCAAUGCAUUUUUUGGUGCCAGUUGGGUCAUUGGCCUUGAUGGCCACACCGUCUCUGAAGGAGGCUGGCUCACAAACAAUUGGAAACAAAUCUACAAACAAAUCGCAUAUACAGCCGCCUGUGUCGGCUGGACUGCAGUCGUAACGGUCAUUAUUGCCUUCGUAAUUGACCAGAUUCCUGGCUGCGCUCUUAGGGUUUCCGAAGACGGUGAAGCCCGCGGUGUCGACGAAGAUCAGAUCGGUGAAUUCGCAUACGACUACGUCGAAGUUCGCCGUGACUAUCUUUCCUGGGCCCCUCCCGUAGUUCAUGAGGGUAGCAGACCCUCAGGUAGCGGCUCUGGCCCCUCGGGCGCUGGCAGCAUCGAAGAGGCAGAAAAAAUCCGCUCAGUUGAUGUGUAA